AUGUAUAAUAAGACAGAACCGGCUUUGAAUCUUGGUCCCCAGCCCACACCAGAGUUAGAGGCGAUAGCUCGGGAAGUGGAUGCUUUGGCGCGCGAACGGUUGGCGCUGGAAGCUGAGGUGGCUGCCAAACAAAGGGAAUUGACAGUCAAAAGUGGAGAAGCGGAUAGCUUGCAGAGUGAACUGGACACACUAACAGCAACACUAAAACAGUUAGAAAACCAAAAGGGUGAAGCACAAAAGAGAUUAAAUGAUCUCAAGUCACAAGUGGAGAAGCUGCGCGCGCAGGUGUCUGCGCAAGAGUCGGCGGCGGCCGAGACGGAGGCCGAGCUGGCCGCGAGGCGCGCCGCCGCACUCACGCUCAAGGAGAAGGAGCGCGCGCUACAGGCCGAGGUGACCGACGCGGAGGCCGAGGCCGAGGCGAUCACGGCGCAGUUGCGCAAGACCGUGCUCGCUGUCAGCCAGGCAAACAUAAAAAUAUCCCAUCUUGAGGAGCAGCAUCGUAUAUUGGAAGAGGCGGUUGAAGCUCUUGCAGGGUCUGGAGCAGUACCCCAUACGAUACUGCAGCUCCAGCCACAGUACACCGCUGAACACCUGGAGAGGGUAGUGCGAGGGGCGACGCCGAAUGACGCUCUUGAGGAGUCACCGUUCGCGAAUCGCAAUGGUUUCGCGGGAGCUGGCGGCGGCUUCGACGCGGAUCCGUUCAGCGAGCGCGCCACCGCCGACCCCUUCGCACCGGCCGGGACUACAAUCGCACAGGACGCUUUCGGCACAGACCCGUUCACGUCGAACGCGGACCCCUUUGCUGGAGACACGUUCGCGUCGCAAGACCAUACUGCAAAGGCUAAUGAUGUGGCGUGGGAGGAGGAUCCCUUCGCGGUGCUGCACGCGCCGGUGGCGGGCGGUGGCGGGGGCGGGGGCGGGGGCGCAGGGGGCGGGGGCCCCGCGCUGCCCCCCAAGCAGCACAAGACGCCCCCGCCGCGCCCCGCGCCGCCGCGCCCCACCCCCCCGCACAAGACUGUCGACCGCUCCAUGGACUUCACCGACGACCCCUUCAAAGACUACAGAUACGAGGACCCCUUCAACAUUGAGGAUCCCUUCGCUGAUGUCAACGACCCGAAAAGAGCCGACCCCUUCGGCAGACCGACCUCCGUGGCUGGCUUCGAGACAGACGACUUCUUCUCACCGUCUUCUAAUAUCAAUGGCAAUUUUACAUUACCCGACAAACGAAGCGGACGAGUUUCUGCCCCUCCAGUUGCCUACGAUCCGUUCGCGACUCGGUCUGACUUCAAACCACCUAAAACCACCUCUACACCGAGCGCAGCUAACAACAACGAUUCCUGGGCAGCAUGGCCCAACGACAACUGGGCCACCGAUGACGCAUGGGCCAAACCCGCCACGAAAAAGUCUGAGGCGUGGACCACAGACGACUCAACUAAAAAUAUUAACACUUCAAAUAAUGAUUGGAAAACCGACAAUUGGGCCAAUAAAUCUGACAAUUGGGCGGCAGAUUUUGGCUCGUCUGAUAACAAUAAGAACUUAAACGAAACAUGGCCCUCGAGCACACUACCUAAUAAAAAAGAAAAGUCCCCCAAACCUGUCAGAUAUGCGAGGUCUUUGGUCCAUACGAUAGGCGGUAUUGGCCGAACGAAACAAAAGGAAAAGAAAAAAGCUGCUUUAGAGGCUCGCAGCGCUGACAUGAUACCCACAGAAGAACAGCAAUGGGCUUGGGCCAGUUCUGAAUCGAAACGGUUACAGGACGAAGCUGAAGAAAGAAGACGGCGGGAAGACGCCGAAUUACAGCUCGCUCUUGCCAUCUCGAGGCAAGAAAAGUGA